AUGCUCUCCGUCUUCCUCUUCAGUGUUGGCUAUGCACGUCGACGCUCUCCCUCUACGACACCUGCUUUACACUAUUUCCUCUACGUCGUGCUGCCUUCCUCUCUCCCCCCUCCAUGCCCCGAUGCCCCGCUGCCCCCACGCCGACCAUAUCCCCAUGCACGGUGCGCACACCCGCGGCAGAUGUUACGGAACCCUUUCAGGGUCUUGUCUCUUCAUUUUCCUCACGAAUACGAAGCAGGAGGGCGCACAUGCACCAACGCGUCACCGUCCCCAUCAUCAAACAGAACACCGCUGAAUACAGGCCCACACACGCGACCGUCGCACUUCGCAGCCGUCAUGUCAGAAAGCCUCCCUGGGGUGUUGUGCUUCCUGGGACUCAUCGUCUUCUUCGUGGCGGACUUCUUCUACGCCAAGAAGCUGAAUGAACAGAAGAAUGCGCACCCGGAAUUGGACGACUGCGCCCCGGCCACGUCGCCAGACCUCGACACGAUUGCCGUGCUCGACUCCCUCACCGCCACCGCCGUCGAUCUCUACCGCCACGAGCGACAGCGCUUCACCGGGGUGGCAGCGCCCGCCAACCCGAACGAGUACGCAGCAGUCGGCGAGAAUGGUGUGAGCGAGCAGCCGGUCGCAAACCUCGACGUUGGCGACCAGACAGGCAAGGCGGCCAUGCACACGAUUGUGGUCGUCUGCAGCAUUGCCGCACCAAUGCUGACUGUCCUCCUGGCUCUUAUGCCCUCUCUCUUUGGGUGGACGCGCUUCAGGGUGCAUUCGUCCAUUGCCUACCUCGCAGCUGUUCCAGGCAUGGCCACUGCCGGCUUCUACGCAAUGCGCUCCUAUGAGAUGACGCGGGUGUUUGAUGUUACCAAGACGGAGUGGAUCUCGAUGAUGUGGCUCCGACUCGACGCCAUCUUUGUCAUGUCCGCCGUCGCCUUCUUUGGUGUCGGGGCGUGGAUGGUGGGCGUCUGCAUGGUGAUCACGGCUAUGUACCUGGCACACCGGCUCAUGAGGAUGGAGAAGCAGCUGAACCGCGUGCAGCGCCACACGCAGCUGGUGCGCGACGAAGUGGACGUGACACGCGUGCUCGUGCCUGGAACGGAGGAGUCCAAGAGGGCAUCUGGCAUCAACGAUGGGUAUAGCGCGCUCUCCUCGUAG